AUGAACAAACCGAGUUCGAUCGUUGUGGAAGAACUUCAUGAAGAGACCGAUGAUGAAGAUAUUCCCGAUUACUCUCAGUGGUCUUUUAAGAAAGAAGAAAAUAAAACUCCUCUAAAUUUACUACCUGGUGGGGGAGAUCAAGUUUUGGAAGAAAAUGAUCAAGAUGAGGAAAUUCCAAAUUACUCGGAUUGGUCUUUCCAAAAAGAUAAAAGGCUUGAUGAUCAAUCAAGUAAAACGAAUUCGAGGAAAAUUUUAUCGGAAGAGGAUGAAGAAGAGUCUUUACAAGAAGGAAAGAAAGAGCUUCCGAAAGAUAAAUUAUCGGAUCAGUUGCAGCAAUCCCUUUCAAAAUUUAGAAAAUCAAGCGAUGAUGAAGAAUUUUCUUUUAUUCCAAAAAAGCAACAAAAAGCAAAAAACCAAACCAACAUUGUCAUUCAGAAAGAUAAAAACAAGUAUGAUUUUUCAGAUAUUUUGUACAAUUUGGAUGAGGAUGAAGACUCUGACAACGAUAUUGAAACUCUUUCUUACGAAGAAUGGAAACAACGACAAGAAUUUAAAACAAGAAACAAAGGACCUUUUGAUUUAUUGGAAUCUUUAAAGAAAAUGAGUGAUCUUGUUUCACCACUCGAUAAGCCACUUAAUCCGCAAAUGACAGAAAUGGAGCAUAAAUUGAUGCUGGAAUGGAUGUUCCCAAUAUGCAAAUACAAGCAAAAAUAG